ACGGGAAACCCGGUGGUGUGUUCAUCGGAGAUGGAUCUCGCAGAACUUGUUGUGCACCCGCCACGCGCUUACGGCUGAAGUGAUUAUCAAUGAGGGCGGCAAAACACGCGAGAUAAACAAUAUACUGACCACCACACGUAAACCAAGUUAUACUCGCGAAACCAUAAAAUUUCGUUGCGAUUUCCAAUAUCGAUUCGACCGUUUCUUUUUUUUAUACGCGCUCAUUAUGCUAACAGGAGUUCUGAAAGGAACUCUCCUGUGCUGCGAGGAUGAGAAUUUUACGUGGAACGACACCGCCGACGCAAUCGAUCAUCAGAAUAGAAACAGUCUCCACGAAGCCUCGUCUUUCUUGAAAAUCAUUUAUAGGGUAGUAGUCCCGACGAUUGUGGCUAGCGGCCUUUUCGGAAAUAUUUUGAUAUUGGUAGUGUUGUCCACGCCGUUGUUCCGUGGAAUCGCUUAUAUGUAUCUCAAAGGACUAGCUCUUGCGCACGUCGGUGUUUUAGUAUCUUGGAUACCCAUAUUUGUCAGGCUGGGUUAUGGCAUGAAGAACAAUUAUCCGUCCGCGUUUUACCACGCUCACAUGGAGCUGGUCGCAGUCAACAUUUUCGCUACGGCGAGCAUCUUGAUAAUCACUUGCCUGAUCGUCGAUCGGUACAUUUUCAUCUUCUUCCCGCCUCGCAUUCGGACGAGAAACGCGCGGAAGAAUGUCCGCUCCGUCAUUUUGUGCUCGUUCAUCGUCGGAUUCGCGAUCAGUGCUCCGCUGACAAAGAUGAGAACGGUGUACGAGCAUGCAGAGGGUGCAGGUAUUCAGUUCACCUUGCAGGAGAACACUUCCGUUACUCAGCACCCUGUGUGGCAGGCGUACAUAUGGAUCAUGGAGGUCGCGGUGCGCCUUUGUCCGACCUUGAUCCUUCUUUUAUUGAACAGCGCGGUAGUCAAGAGAUUUCUGCACCUGAACGCAAAGAAAAGGGAAUUUCAAUCGGUCUCCGACAAGUAUCGGACCGCGAAUCUACCUGACACGUCGCUGUUGACCCGCAACCGCGGGUACAGAGAAGAACAGCACCUUGCUGCACUGAUGUCGGUCAUGGCGGUGUGCUUUGUAGUGACUAUGAUACCGUCGAUCGUACUCCCGUUUUUGUAUAAUAAUCACGAGCCCCUGGACGUAGGCUACCAUCUAUUCCGUUCGUUUGCCGCAGUUGCCGAGCUUUGUAAUUACGCCGUACACAUUCUUAUAUACUUGUCUUGUAGCAAAGAGUUUCGCGAAGAAUUAUUCAAGCUUCUUCAGAAUAAGUGCAGGACGAACAUAGAGGAGGACAUCGAACGACCAAUUGGGGAAAUUGAGGAUUAUAGCAGACACGGCACUACGGUUCGAUUAACUCCUGAACCAACAAAAUUAAAUUCUCCCGGCUCUACGAGCAAACAAAAUCCUGUGGAAGAAGAUGGUGAAUCAGAAUUAUUGAAUGCUUCUGACAUUGUUUAAUAAUCGUAGUAAUAAAGUGCGAAUAAAACUGUGUGAUAAUUGUAUCAUUGUCAAUGAAAACGGUUCCAAUAACA